AGGAGGGGUAAAGGCCAAGGCAGAAGGGCUUGUUUGGCUUCCUCUCCUCUUCCUCGGCGGCGCCUGCGAAACUCAUCCGCCCGCCGCCAUGGCCAAGUUCAACGUGGUGCAGAAGAACAGGCGCGAAUGGAAGCAGGACCGCAAGCGCCGCGCCCAUGGGGAGCCCGGCACCGGCAAGCUCAAGCAGCGGACCGCGCCCGUCUCCGUGUCCGGCAAGCGGAAGCGCAAGCUCGAGCGCCGCCUCAACCGGGAGCAGAAAGAGGCUGCGAUGAUUAAGGCGCUGGAGAACAACAUGGGGGAUGUCGUUAUGGUAUCUGCUGAAGAGUCUUCAGAAGCUGCAAAGGGUAAGUCUCAAGUGAAGUUCAGUGUGAAGAAAAACUCAAGUGUACAGAUCAAAAGAUUAAAAGGCAAAGGUAGAAAGAAAGCCAAAAAUGCAAAGCCACCUACCAAGGAGAAAGUUGACGCCAUGGUAGAAUGACUGGUACUGUGAUAUGAGACUUUGUACGUUUUCUGAGAGCACCAGUAGGGACUGCAGUGACUGACCUUUGUCGAAUACCCGAGCAUGAACUUACCUUGCUCCUCUACCGCCUGAAUGUUCAUUAGAAACUACAUAGCUUUGGUAUUAAUGUAUCGAACUUAAGACAUGAAUCAAGACUUGACUAGUAGAACUGAAUGUAUGGUUUCCUUGUUUCUGUAAA